AUGUCAUCACACAGCCAUAGAUUAACAGAAAGAGAAAAGAUAAGUGUAAUUAUAGAUUUGGAUAAUGGGUUGACACAAGAAGAGAUUGGUUUAAAAUAUAAUUGUAGUCACUCAACUGUUUCAAGAUUAAAGAAAAAGUAUGAAGAAACCAACUCUGUACAGAACAUUAAGCCUCCUGGUAGAAAGAGAGAAUAUAGUCUACAAGAUGAACUCGAUAUUAAGAAUAUUUUCUUAAAUAACUAUUGUCCAACUUUAAAAGCAGUUAAAACAAAGUACAACGAAACAUAUCACAAAUCACUUAGUGUCACUACCAUUAGAAGAAUAAUGAUAGAUGCAGGACUGGUAUACAGUAGUAGAAACAAAAGAAAGAAACAAUUAUUAGAUGCAUCUAAAGCUGAUACUACAAAACGUAGACAGGUGAAACAUAGAACUAGGAGAACUACAAAAAGGUAUCAAAAUUAA